AUGAAAUCGUCCUGCCUCCUCGUCCUUCUCGCCGCGACGGCCGCCAGCGCCCAGUGGACCGACUGCUCGCCCGAGACCGUCGUCACGCGCUGGCAUCACGACUCAGUACGCGGCUCUCGCCCUCGUUGGCUUUUGCGCGACCCGACGUCCGCGACGGCCCAAGCCUACUGCAAGCACGCGCUGCCGGGCUGCGCCGACUUAGCGAUUGCGAGCCAGAAGGCCAACUGCAGCUACAACCUCUACAAGGGCUCGUGGGUCAACUUGCACGACGUCGUGCCCACGCUCUGCGCCUCGGUACCGCCGACGACGCCGACCAUGACGCCGGCAGUGACAACGGCUCCGGUGACUGUGGCGACAACGGCUCCGGUGACUGCGACAACUACGACCUCCGUGCCGCCUACUGUGACGGUCAAUACGACGAUUGUGACGGUCAAUACGACGACGACUACGCCUUUCGUCAAUCCCACGACGCCCAACACGACGACGAAUGUCAUCACGACGCCGCCGUCUCGCGGGUGCACGCACGUCAGUGUCGCUGGCGAUGCGACGUACUGCAUUGCGGGGCCGAUUUGCAGCGGCGACGGUCUGUUGCCGGCAGGCACCAAGUGUCCUCUCCAGGGCGAUGUGGCCGUCGCGAGCUGCGUCCGGGCGCUCACGAGCUACGUCGAUAGCGCGAGAUGCGUGCUCCCGGCGAACGCGAUCUGCCAAAAGAUCCCGACGGGCGCGUGGGGCUGCGUGCUGCCCUCGACCGUGUAG